UUUUAUUUUGACAUUAUAACAACCCGGAAGUUGGUUGUGCGACCGACAAAUGGCAGCCGCCGGUAACUCGAACACACCGAUGUGUCCACGGGUUAAACCUAGAAACACAAACAAUUGUACCCCUCUUAGAGCUCUGCCAGCUGUCUUGCUGGUAAACAAGAGUUUAGAGAGUUUAGCCUACAGCUAAGUUAGUUAGUGCAUGCUUUUUUUUGCGAUGGAUCUGUUGGAGCCUCCCACGCCGGUGAAGGAUAAUGCUUCCUCUCCUUCGGAGUCCAAAGCCAAUAACUGCGAUCUGACCCCCGCAAUGAGAGCCAAGAUCGAACGAAACAGACAGCGGGCUCUGAUGCUGAGGCAAGCCCGACUGGCCAGCAGACCAUCGGCAGGAGAAGGGGGUGGAACCUCGGCUAAAGUCGCUAAGAUAGUCGACUCUGGAGGAGGUUUCUUCAUUGAUGAAGAAGAGGAGGGACAGGAGGAACAAAGGACAAAGGAAGUGGUGCAUCAACCAGCCCCGGUGAUGGAGGCAGACUAUCUGCUGUGUGAUGACUGUGACAAGCCGUUUAUGGAUUCCUACCUUAGCAACGGCUUCGAUUUGGCAGUCUGUGACAACUGCAGAGACAACGAGGUGAAACACAAGCUGAUAUCCCGUACGGAGGCUAAGCAGCUCUACCUACUGAAGGACUGUGACCUGGACCAGAGGGAGCCAGUGCUGAGGUUUGUCCUGAGGAAGAACCCACACAACCCUCACUGGGGAGACAUGAAACUCUACCUCAAGCUGCAGGUGGAGAAGCGCUCCUUAGAGGUCUGGGGCUCUGAGGAGGCCCUGGAGGAGGCCAAGGAGGCCAGAGAGGAGAACAGGGAGGUGCAGAAGCAGAAGCGCUUCAACAAAAAGGUUAAAGAGCUCCGCCGUGCAGUGAGGAGCAGCGUGUGGACAAAGGACACCAGCGCUCACCAGCACGAGUACGGCCCUGAGGAGAUAGUGGAUGAAGAGGAGGAUCUCUACAGGAAGGUCUGUAACACCUGUGGACACGAACUGACCUAUGAGAAGAUGUAGCCUAGUGUCCUUUAAACCGUAUCCCGGAGGCUCACAGCCUUGAGUUUUUUUUUUGUGGACCACUGGUGAUACACCUGACAUGUCAACUGAGAUUCAAAUGACCGAUACUUCAAGACGCACGGAGGCCUACCUGAAAUCAUCUCAGCACGUGUCUUACACAAAGAAUCCACAAGAGGGCAUAAAUACAUCAACACAUUUUUUUUGUUUUACAGAGAAAUGUGGUCCUGCUCAGUCUGGUCAUGGCUGUUAUGUUAUAUUAUCAACUGUCUAGCAUGUUAACUUCCAUUUUGUAAUGUAAUGUGUAGAAGGAUCUGCAUGUGCAAAAUAAAUAUAUUUUUUCCAUAAUGUGAUCACUUUUGCAUCUGUACUUGACUUGUUUUAGAUCUGUAAAACAAAUGGGCUCUUGGUUAAGAUGGACAAUUAUUGUAUUAAUCCAGAAUCAAGAAAUUGAUUUCAUUUGCAUAAAAUUAAUUGAAAAUUGUAGUCAACUGUCUUUGCUUUCUGUUGCAGAAUCGCGCUGUAAUUAAUGGGGUCGUUUUAUGAUCUGCGUUGUUAGAUUUUGGUCGCCUGCUCAACUCCGUGCUCAUACUUGGAAUAUUUUGUGGGCAAUUAUUUCUGAAGCAACCUCCGGUCACAACCACCUGCACGUAGUUCAUCUAAUGAGUGAACGACUCCAUAGUCCAGACAUCACUAAUCUAAAGGGAGCAACUGACAAGGUACAAAAUGACGCCACCAUUGUAUUAUUUUGUCCAACAAUCUAGUUAAUGUAACACGUAUCGUCCUUCUUUGCAAAUGAAAGCUGCUUCACAGUAGUUAUUGGAUGUGACUCAGCAUGUCGUACUAUAUCACUAUAUCAAUAAAUGCAGUGCUUCAUGGUUGACUUUUUAUUAAGGGGGGUCGGGGGUCUAAAGCAUGAUCAUCAACUACAUUCAGCCGCGGGAAGAAAAAAAAUUCCAUACCAUUCCUAGACUGCAAAUUGACCGCAAGAAGCCUAAAACAUAAUCAUUUCCAACAUUGCUUACAUUUUGUAUACGAUCACAUCUCUAUUAUGGGUGGGAAUACUUGGGAACAGAUUUCCAAAAUGAAAAUCUCUUUUUGCCCAGAAAACUUGGGGAGCCAAAUAAAACCAUGCAGGGGCAAUAGUUUAGGGCACCAGUUGGGGGAUCCUGGCCUAAAGGCUACUGUAGGCAUACAGCCUACCUAACAUGUGGGUACAGGCUAUAGACUUGUACUGAAUUGUUUCAAAGAGAUGUCCUGUCCAGAAUCACAAUCUGCAAGCUCCCAACAUUUCCAGUGAGUUUUCUAAGAAAAAAUAUAACUCUGAUCUAUGAUAUUGAUCACGUACUGUUAUGACAUGAGCUUUUGCCAGACUGGUGUGGCGAACUCAAUCCCCGAGCAGUCAGUCACAUCAAACCCAUGGCAAAUUGACCGUCCUAUUUCUUUAGUGGCUACAGGAAUGUGAGGUUUCAACUACUGCAUUCCCAUCUUAAACACUAGUGAAAUACACCUAGAUAAAUGAAUACACCCAACAAAAAUAUGAUACAUGUUCCAAACUGACAAUGGGGUUUCAAAGCCUCACUCAUGCAAAGUUAAGACUGGCAAGUCUGAAUAGGGUCAAACACUUGAUAUUAGAGCUCUGGAGUGGCUUAAAGGGUCCUUCUGGUGCCUCCCACCAAGCAACUAAUGAGGUAGUAUGCAGCGGUGUAAAGUACUUAAGUCAAAAUACUUGUGUCUUUUGUUUGUUGAGUAUCUGUACUUUUACUAUUUACAUUCCUAAAGAAAAUGAUGUACUUUUUUACUCUACAUUUUCCCUGACACCCAAAAGUACUCUUUACAUUUUGAAUGCUUAGCAGGACAGGAAAAUGGUCCAAUUCACACACUUAUCUAGAGAACAUCCCUGGUCAUCCCUACUGCCUCUGAUCUGGCGGACUCACUAAACACAAAUGCUUUAUUUGUAAAUGGCGUAUGAGUGUUGGAGUGUGCCUCUGGCUAGCCAUUAAUACAAGUGUAUGCCAUCUGGUUUGCUUAUGUGAAGGAAAUGUAUAGUCUGGAGGGACAGCCUUGAAAAUGUUCAUAUUUUUGUCAUAAAUAAUGCUUGGUCCCUGCCUGUGCUUGGAUCAGUUACUAAUUAGAUUUUAAAGUGCAUAUAAGUUUGACUGUGACCUCUCCAGCUUGCUGACAAUUAAAGAGUGAUUUAUUUAA